UACUUUUAGUCAGGCAGUCUCCCCGACCCUCUAGUUUUGUGCUGUUUUCGCUUCUGCUCUCACUGGCGGAUUAAAUAACGCAGUUUUUUUUAAACUGGUCAGACUACAUAUAAUCCUCUAUUUGUGUACACAUUGGGAGAACGCACACAAUACUACCUUUCAUGAUGUUUGCUACAGUCCGCAAACAACUGAGGAAUCACCCUGCUCUGAUUCCACUUUUCUUCUUCAUUGGCGGUGGCACAGUCAUGUCCCUAAUGUAUCUGGGUCGUCUGGCUCUCAAGAAUCCAGAUGUUUGCUGGGAUCGCAAGAACAACCCUGAGCCCUGGAACAAGAUGGCCCCGACUGAUCAGUACAAGUUCUUCACAGUGAACAUGGACUACAGCAAACUGAAGAAGGAGGGGCCUGACUUCUAAAGGGUUCCCCGUCUGCUGGACCAAACGCACAAGCACACUGUCUGUCGGGAUUCCAGAAGCUAUACCCGCGCAAUGAUUCAUAUUUAACUUUUCUCAUCACAUACCCUUUUAUUUGAAACGUCUCCCGUCUUCAGCUUUGGGUGUUGUCAAUAAAGUGAAAGGAGUCUUUUCUCCUCCUUACGAGAGAAAAGAAUCUGUUUCUUUUUAUUGGGAUUAUUCAUGGCAUUGUCCUUGCACAGCAUGUUCAGUCAUGUUUGCUUUUUAUAUGCUGGUUUUCAUCAUCCCUUCACCUCAUGUAACCUUCAUGCUGCUCACUUCAUUUGGCUGCCAUCCAGAAGCUUAUCAGUCGAAUGUUGCCAUAAACCAACAAGCAGGGCCAACUAGGAGCAUUUUAUUUUUGAGCAAGCCAGAAAAGACGAAAAGUCAGUAUUGAGUGGAGGAAAGAAUACUGGCGCUGUCGCAUUUCUUCUUUCGUCUGAUAAGUUUGUAAAUGUCAACAUGUAGUUGCAUCGGAGGCGUAGCCGCACGUGGGAAAGAGGCGACAAGGAUGAGCAGCCAACGCCGGUGCGCAAAAUGUCAAGAAGACCUUUUAUGUUUGAACAGAAGCACUCGGCUAAAUCCACCGCCGCCUUUUUCAUCCACUAAUUUCUUUUCGGGAACGGCCUGUGCACAAUGUGAAAGCAGUCUUUGCCUAAGUGGUUUUUAAUGACGAUGAGUGUUAAAAAGCCGCGUCCACCGUGCGACGACCCCUAAAAAACUCAAGCUGUCAUGCCUGAAAAUGCAGAAAGAAUCUGUUAUUGUGCCCAUUUCAUACAAUACUUCAGAGACAAUAUAGUAUUUUGUCUGAUUGGUACCAAAUUGUUUUCCAAAAUAUAGCCAGAGGGCACUUUGCAUUCUACCCCCUGCAUUUUAGUAGCCCAAAUAUUAAAAAUAGUACCCUUACACAGUAGUAGGUUCCUAUUAAUGAGAAGCCACAAAAUCUGUAACAAAAUUUCAGUUUAUGAUCGCAAUAAAGAAUAAAUACUACACCAUUUGUCUUAUCAACCUAAGCAGAAAGCUGUGAUGUAGCUACCAUUUUGCAGUCAUUUUUUUGACAUCUAUUUUUACGACUUACUGGGACCUUAAAUCCCUAAUAUGAUAGAGUGCUGCAGGUUUCUGACGCAUGUUUUGAAAAACAAAAUGAUUUUUAAAAUAAGUCCUGCGAUUGGACGCCAAUUAAAAACAAAACACAAAAGGUAUAUUUUUGUAUACGUAAUGCAAAUAAAGUGCCUCUUAAUUAAGUCGCUUGUCAUUUGUUUUUCAUCACCCAGACUCCUGAAAGCAGUUGGAUGAGUUGCCAUGGUAACUACUCAACUCACCUAAUGCUUUCCCACACAGGUCAGCAGCAGGUUGUCAUGAAUAUAAUUUUCAUUGCUGCAAAAGUAGGAAAGGUGCACUUAUACAAUUACUGCCGUCUACCAAUGGGGAGUGCUGUGAGACUGGUAGACAUGUUUUGCAUCUUGCUUUUCAGACCAUACAAUCCAUGUUAAUUUUUUAGGUUUUUCAUUACAAAGCUUUUCAUCACUUGAGGUACAGUGAUGAAGGAAAACCAAGAAGUAACCAAUACAAUGAAAUGCAAUACUACGAAAGAAAUGGAGCGGACCUCUUAAAAGUGUGGGGAGAAAUGCACAAAGACCUUCAUAGUUCUUAGGGCUGUCACAUCUCUGAGAGUAGUUCAUCAACUAUCAGUUGCUUUUCUUCUGCCUUUUUAGGGACCCGAAUUGCAAAAGUAGGUGAAGCAAGGAGUUAGGUGAUGCACACCUAUGUUGAGACUCGUGGUCAUUUAGAAGCAAAUUUAAGCUAGAUUUUUGGUUUUACUAUAGUUCCUACAAUUAAAGGUGCUAAGUUACGUUUACAUAGAGUUCCAAAUUCUAAGAAGCUGCAAGGUGCGAUAUGUGUUAAACAUGUCACCAUUAACUUAUGUUUUGUCUUACAUUUGUAGUUUGUUAACAGUGGCAUCUGCAAUAAUUUGCUAUGCUUACAUUGAAUUGACAUUCUCUUUAUUUUUUUAAAACACAUAUUACAGUAUGACCUCAAACUUUGCCUGCAGAAAAAAAUGAGUAAUUCGCUUAGAUUAGAGGGGGGAAGAACAGCAUUGGCUUUGUCCACUUUGGUAUUGCAAAAUUAUUAAAUUAUUCAUACUACAUCCAGCUGAGCCUACAUGUUUUCAGUCUCCCUUCUCAUCACCCGGCUGGCUAUUUAGGGCGACAUAAUUGAUGUCUGUUUUUGGUAGAUAUACAUGUAGUAUGGACAAACACAAGUGGACAGAAGGAGUUUGUCAAGGAACGUUUAUCCCCCAAAAGUCUUAUUGAUCCUUGGGCUUUGUCACGCAAGAUGACAAAGUGCCAUUUUGCAUCGCAAGCAUCAAAAGGUCACAGCUGCCGUUGUGUUUUCCUCAUGAGGGAUGGCGCUGGAACGCUGGGUUUAGGAACUGUUUGAAGAGAAACUGUGCUGGGAUGAAUCACCGACGUUUCAGGGACGCUUUAGUCUAGCGUCGCGACGGUGUUUUAUGUAGCGAAUGGGGACGAGACGUGUCGAGGCCGUGCGUUUGAUCUCGAAGACAGUCAAUGCUGCGUGAAUAGUGUCUUCAGGCAAAAGCGUAAAUAGGUGUUGUGCGUUUUAUGUGGCAGAGGGUACAUCUUCACUGGGCCAAGGGGAGGUAGGCAGGUGAAGAACAAAAAUGAAACAGCUGCCUUCUUGUCAUGGCAUCUGUUUUGAUGAAACUCAUUCUUCAUAGGCAACAAAAGUAACAAAAUGAGUAGAAUCUGAAUCAACAACAUAUAAAUCCAUAUCGAUGAAUAAUAAGUCUUUGUGUAGACCCACCCAGAGCCAUAUAGAGUCGCGACCCUCCCAUAGGGAUCCAUUAUACGAUUUUACUUCUGGGUUUUCCGGGUUACGGAGCCUCGGGUAGUUCCAAACAUGUCUUCGACGAGGGUGGACCGCAUUCAUACGAAUGGCUGGCUGUCAAGUAUAUUCAGAGGUAAGUUGAUGAUAAAAACGGUCCCUUUUGAAUUUUCAACAGUCUAUAUCUGGGUUCACUAAAUCCGGAACUCGGUGCCACUUUUCCUGUAAUGUUUUCCACGUUUCUCUCCUCUAACACACCUGAAUCAAAUGAUUAUGUCAUCAGCAACCUCUCCAGAAGCCUGAUAAUGAUCCUGAUUAUAUUGAUUCAGGUG